UAAAACUUAACUUCCUCUGGACGAUACACAAAAACAAGUUCUUGUGAAAAUCAAAAUAAAAAACAAAUUUCGGAAAAAGAAAAAAAAAAAAAUGGCGAAGCGAUCUAGGGUUAUCACCAUGUCUCCUCUUGUUCUCGACAAGGAAGACGAUCUCGAUCUCUGGGAAGUCGUGAAUCCCUCCGACGGCGAGUUCUCCGACGAUUCUUUCUCCGUCGAUAGUCUUUCCGAUGAUGACGUCAUCUCUCUUGACGACGACGAAGACGAAGAAGAAGGUUCUGUGGUCUCGUUGUCUGUCAUUUCUCCGCUGUCUCAGACGCUUCCUGUUUCCGACGCCGUGGAUCUGGAUUCAGACGGCGAUGAUGUCGACGGUGAUCAUGGCGAUGAUGAUGAUGUCGUUCGCGAUGAAGUUGAUGAUUACGAUCUUGGAUGGGCUCAACGGCGGAUUCUGUUUAUCGGUGCCGGUGGAGGUUCUCGCGGAGUCACGUACGGAGAUUGUUUUAAUGAUGACGGGGAAGAAGAAGAAGAAGAUCGCGGUGGUGAAGAUGGAGAUUACGACGAUUCGUAUGAUCUUGAGGAAGAGUUGGUUCCGCGUAGCGUGAAUAAGAAGAUUGGGAGACAGAGGAUGAGGAAACUAGGGAAAAGAGCAAUCGCGAAGGUAGCGUCGAAGAAGAUGACUCCGUAUUCGCAUUUGAAGUAUGGAUGCUAUGGAUGCGUUCGUGGUAAGCAUGGUCUCGGCAUGAAAUUCAAGUGCUGAUCUCGCCAUGGAUGGACAUGGAUUCUUCAAGAACUCGUUUAGAAUAUCUCAAUUUCCUGGGUUUUAAUUGAUGUUUAAAUUUGCUAGUUCUCAAUUUCAAAAUUCCUCGUUUCAGUAAUUCGGAUGAUGUUUCUGAAGAUCGCAUUGUAUAUAAACUCUCGCACUAGGAUUCACGAGUUUCUCCGUUAUUAAACUGAUUCGUUCUCUUUGUGAUCGUUUCUUUAAUGGAGUUUUAUUAGAUCAGAUUGUGGUUA